AUUAUAUAAAAGAAAAAAUAAAACCAAAUUCGCGCACAUUUGAUGGUCGGCGUGCACCCUGUAGUCUCUGCUCACCCAUACGACGUUCCGAUCCAUUUCCUCCCGUCAGGAUUGAAGCGAGAUGAUUUGGGGACUUGUGCGCCGUAGAGUUGCUUCGCAACAGUCUCAGGUGCUGGGACAAGCCUGGAGGGCUAGGCCUACAGUGUCCGGGUCAUGCUCUUACGACACUGCUCGUAAAGAGGCUUCAUUGAUUUGCAAAGAGAUUGCUUGUGUCCAAAGCUCUAGCUACCACACAUUUUUAGGCGGCCAUGUUUAUCCAAAAGCAAGCAGGGAAGUUAAUACAAUAUCUCAAACAGAAUAUUUUAUCAGGAUGAGCAACAGAUCAUUUUCUUCAGAUAAUGGAGAUGUGGUUGAAGCUGUUGUCCCUUUCACGGGUGAAUCGAUAACUGAUGGAACUUUAGCAACAUUCUUAAAGAAACCUGGUGACAGAGUUGAGGUUGAUGAGCCCAUUACUCAAAUCGAAACUGAUAAGGUGACAAUUGAUGUUGUUAGUCCUGAAGCUGGCGUGAUAACAAAGCCCUGGGCCCACCACCCACUGAUUCUCAACCAGAUCUCAAGUCUCCGAGGCGCGGGAAAGAACGACAGGGAAGGCUUCUCUACGGUGGCGCUUUCGCUCCACAGGCACCACCCCCAAACCCUAGCUUUCAACACCUUUGGAUUGAGAGGAUUCAGUACUACUACGGUUGGAUCGGCGGUGCCGAGGGAGAUUGAGGCGAAGGGGAAGCGAUUCGGCACGGCGAAGAAGGUGAUCUCUUUCACUCUCCUACCAAAUUUGGCUUUGUUCUGGCACAUAAAUGAAGGGAUGGAAGAGAUUCUGGCUGAUUAUGUUCACCAUGAGAUCACCCGAAAUUUGGUCGUGAUCUAUCUGAGAUUGUUCCUUUUGAUCCUAGCCAAAGAUGUUUUCGUGUCUCUUGUUUGAUCAAAGUGUUUUUCUGAAGAAAUCAGUCAUGAAAGAGGCGGUUGAUGAAAUAUUGAUCGAAUAAAAUAAACACCUCUGGCUUUAUUAGUGACCAAAUUAGUUGCGUUUCUUAUGAGGUGAUCUUUGCAGUUUCCUCUAAUUAAUUCUGUGUGGUUUCAGUAUUCUUGUAUGUAGCAGGCAUCAACUCUGGCUUUGCUUCGUGUUUAGUUCCUUUUUGCGUGGUUGUUAAUAAUAUGCUACAUGACUUGUCUUUGGGAUUA